UUUGCUUACUUUCUGUAUGUGGCAGAAAAAAACAUAAAUGAGUAACCAGCUGUUUUUGUUCUCCAAGCGCUUGAAAAUUGGUGAAAAUCAUUAUGAAUCAAAAUUAAAUAGUGUUAUUUCAUCCCAAGUCAGUGACAUUUUGUGAACUGAAUGUGAAAUUAAUAACAUUCUUGAAAUUUCAUGUAAAGUAGAAAAUUUAAUCGAUUUGAAGUUUUGUCAAACAUCACUCUCGAUAAAUGGACUGCGUUAGUGAUUUUAUUUGCGUCUUACUUGAGGUACCUACAAUGUGUUGAUUUAUGCCAUCAGGCUAAGUUUUUGUGUAUUUCACUGCUGCGGAGGAAUCUCGUACAAAAAUAGCUUGACGGUGUGUCAUUUGUCGUUCGGUGAUACGUGUUGAGAAGUGUUCGAUCAGCAAGUGCGAAGCGGACGCUGUGACUCGAGUGUGGACUGGUGUGAUGUGGUAGUGUGUCAGUGUGGCGUAGCGCAGUGGAUGCGGAGACAGCGUCGUAGCGCUCGCCCUGGCAUGGUGCCGGGCAGGUAGCGCGCGCGGGCGGCCUGCGCAGGCCCCACAGAAGCAGCCGCGUGUGUCCCUCAGCGUCGUCUAUGGCCGAGCAACACAUCACACCGUCGUCGCACUCUGCACUCACGAGAGAGUCCAGCGGGUCUUCUCCUAGCAGGGUGGUGGGCGGUCGGUGGUUGCGUCAGGUGCGUCGAGCGAGCCACAGCCGUCGGAGCAGACGCAACGUGACGUCGCCCCUGCCGCGCUCCACCAGCCGACACUCGUCUAGCCGCGUGUCCGACGCCGAGCCGUACGCGCACGUCGAGCUGCGCAGGAGCUCACGCCUCAUCAACACACUGCCCAGGUCCGACUACUCCAUCACAGAACGCUGGUCCUACGGCACAGACGUCUACGAGACACGCUGUGACACUACCGAAUUCAAGGGCGGGGACGCCCACAAAUCCAGCGUUCAUCCGAAACGCGGACGUACUUCCUCGCAUGACAGGAAAAAACGCAAGACCACAUCGACCAAUAGUGCAGAGGAGUGCGUCGCAUAUUGCACACGCUCACGGACUGCUCUUAAAUCCAGCGAGAGUGCUUGUGAGCAAAUUCCGAAUAAUUUAAAACCACACACUUUAACACAACCGCCACUGAACCAGAACGCCACAGCCACUUCCACUCAAGCUAAUCCCCCGGAGGGAGGAUUGCUGCCCCUGGACGAGAGAGAUUUUGCUUAUUCGCCGUACAGCUCGUCCACCGUCACAGAGCUACUGGACUCUGACUAUUCUGUGUACAGUCCGACAGCUAGUCGGCGAAAAGGCAAGAAGAGGAAGCGCUCAGCACAUCGCUCUCUGUCGAGCAGAAAGAGCAGCUGUCUGCUCAGUGUAGACGAGUGCCGAAAGAAAUUUAAAAUAGAUUCGCACAGCAAAGACGAGACAGACACUAGCAGUACCGGAAGGUCAUCCAAACACGAGCUUGACAAAGCUGAUCUUAACUCGGCUUCUCAAACCUCGUGCACAUACCUGCUGCGGAACAGGAACAGUCAGUUUGGACCUCCCACUUCAACUGUCAUCAGUGACCAUUCAGUGAACCCGCCGGGCGACGCGGUACUCGCUCCGGUCGCGGGACGCAUCAGUAGUGCUUCCGAGAGCAUCGCCAGUAUCCCCAGCACUCCCCCGCCGCCAGACAAAGAUAUCCAAGAGGCAAGUUCGUCCAAAGCACACAGCUCUGCGAGCAAAUUAUUAAUAGUACCCCGUGAUCUUCCUUAUUUGCGUCAAACUAACGCGCGAAGGAGCAUCGCAGCUGCGACGGGGGCGACCCUGGGUGCGUGCCUGACGAGGGGAGCCAGCACUUCGCAGCGUCAGCGACAAGACACACACGCGAAAAGACAGGUAUCGGGCAGCGAGGGCGCGGGCAGCAGCGCGGCAGGCGGGCGGCGGGCGAGAGCUCGCGACAUGCCGCAGCCGCAGCCAGCGUCCACGCGUCGAGACAAACGAGGUAAAAGCAGCCUGGGUUCGUGUGCCAGCACUGGUGGUGCGUCCAGCCGGUCUCACCCCCAGCCAUUAACAACGGGUGCUGUGGCAUCCACAUCUUCCACACCGCCGGCUUCAGCGUCCGCUUCAAUGCCUGACAACGCGGCCAGCGAUGCUAAGCCUAAGGGCAAAGCAUCGUCUUCGUCCGAGGAGUGCGCGGGCGGCGGCAGCGGUGUGGGGGGCUCGGGGUCGGGCGCGGGCGCGGAGGAGUCGUCGUCGGAGGAGGGCGAGGUGGGGCGGCUGCAGGCGCUGCUGGAGGCGCGCGGCCUGCCGCCGCACCUGCUGGGCGCGCUCGGCCCGCGCAUGCAGCAUCUGCUGCACAGGACCGUCACUGCCAACUCCGCUGCAUCAAAAGCCGCUCAACUCCUGGCUGGGCUGCAAGCGACUGGCGACGAAGGACAGCAGCUUCAGGCUGUUAUUGAAAUGUGCCAACUGCUGGUGAUGGGCAACGAGGACACGCUGGCCGGCUUCCCUGUGAGACAAGUCGUGCCUGCUCUCGUCAACCUGCUCGCCGCAGAACAUAACUUUGAUAUGAUGAACCACGCAUGCCGUGCUCUGACGUACAUGUUGGAGGCGCUACCUCGCAGCAGCGGCGCCGUGGCGCUGGCCGUGCCCGCCUUCCUGGACAAGCUGCAGGCCAUCACGUGCAUGGACGUCGCCGAGCAGAGCCUUACCGCGCUCGACAUGCUCUCCAGGCGUCACUCCAAGGCUAUUUUGCAAGCGCGCGGAGUGUCAGCCUGCCUGAUGUACCUGGACUUCUUCUCGAUAAACGCUCAGCGCGCCGCCCUCUCCAUCACGGCCAACUGCUGUCAGAACCUCACUCCGGACGAGUUCCAUCUAGUUAGGGACUCCCUACAACUACUGGCUAAUAGACUUACCCAACAAGACAAGAAAUCGGUGGAGUGUGUAUGCUUGGCGUUCUCGCGUCUUGUGGACAGUUUCCAACAUGACCCGGCUCGCCUUCAAGAGAUUGCCACUCCAGAAUUACUGACAAAUCUGCAACAACUGCUGGUGGUGCAGCCGCCGCUGAUCUCGGGUGCCACGUUCAUCACCGUCCUGCGCUUGCUGUGGGUGAUGUGCUGCGCCUGCCCGCAGCUAGCCCUGGCACUGCACCAGCGCUCCAUCGCAGACACCCUGCUGUGUCUGCUCACAGGAUCCACUCUGCAUCAGGAGCAAGUGGAGCUGAUUCCCCGUCUCCCGCAAGAGUUAUACGAGAUCACGUGCCUGAUCGGCGAGCUGAUGCCGCGCCUGCCCACUGACGGCAUCUUCGCGGUGGACUCGCAUCUCGACAGACCCUGGUCGGCCUCCACCGAACGCACUGCGCACUGGCAGUGGAGAGAUGAUAGAGGAGUGUGGCGCUCAUACUCAUGGGCCGAGUCUCGCGCUCUAGAAGCGGGCGCGGCGGCGGGCGAGGAGGAGGUGUGCCUGACGACGCUGGGCCGCUCGUACACCGUGGACCUGACGGCCAUGCAGCAGCUCAACGACCACACGGGCACGGCGCGGCCCGUGCAGCGCGUGGCGCCCGCGCCCGCCGAGCCCGCCGCCGCGCCGCCCGCGCCCGACCCGCGCAUCGCCCUGGUGCGCGCCAACCCCGGCCUGGCGCGGGCGCUGCUGGCCGUGCUGCACGAGGUCUACUGGUCCUCCGCUGGACCGGCUGUCCGCUCGCAGGCGCUCAAGGCCAUACUGCGCUGCGUGUAUUAUGCUGAUGCCCCACUGCUGCGACAGGUGUUGAAAAUGCAAGUGAUAUCGUCUCACAUCGCGGGCAUGAUGGCGUCCAGCGACCUGCGCAUCGUGGUGGGCUCGCUGCAGCUGGCAGAGAUCCUGAUGCAGCGGCUGCCGGACGAGAUGGCGGUGCAGUUCCGCCGCGAGGGAGUGCUGCACCAGGUCGCGCAGCUGGCCGAGAGAGCGCCGCCUGCGCAGCCCACCAGGCACCAUCCUGCCAAGUCCCCUGGUGGCGGCAGCGUCCGUUCAAGUGGCGGAUCGUCCCCGCCCGCUUCGACAUCGGCUACUUCACUGGAACAUCAGAAUAACUUGUCUUUGGCGUUCUCAGCCUCCGGGUCAUUUGUCGCCAGUACUAUGCCAGCCGCUGCAAGCGAUGGCAGUGGUUCGGAGCCCGGCCAGGCGUCAGCGUCCACACACGCGCAGAUGUCCACUACUUCCGUGCACAGGUCUGGCAGCCCGCUACAGCUAGCAGAGAUGUUAAAACGCAAGCGUGCAGUGAAGCGUUCCGGCGGUGCGGGCACGCGACACGCGCGGCGCCGCGACGAGCCCGCGCCCGCGCACGCGCCGCCGCACGCGCACCUCGCGCAUCCGGCCCAUGCCGCGCACGCGCCGCACGCGCCACAUGCUGCACACGCGGCGCAGCCACACGGUUCGGGCGUGUCUAUGGGCGCCCGGUCGGCGACGCGCGUGGGCGGCGCGUCCAAGACGUCGUCGUUCCUGUCGUCGCUGAACCCGUCGCGCUGGGGCCGCUCGCCGCACGCGCACAAGGACUCCGCGCUGCUCGCCUCGCCACACGCCUCCGCCAACCUCACUGUGCAGAACAAGGAGAAGGUCCGCGAGUGGAUCCAGUGGACGGCGGGGCGCGUGUCGCGCGAGUGGGGCGCGCUGGGCGGCGGCGGCGGCGCGCUGGAGGCGCUGGCGGCGCUGGCGGCCGCGCUGCCGCACCCGCACCACCGCCGCGCCGCGCUCGCGCAGCUGCGCGACACCAUGCUGCACCACGACGUCUCGCCCUUCGAGGUGAACCACUCGGGCGUACUAGGUGCCCUACUACAGUUCCUGACGGGCUCAGAGUCUGAGGGCGAGGCGGGCGAGGCUCGUGACGGCGACGGUGAAGGCCGCGAUGACGCCGUGGCCGCCGCAGAAGACCGUCUACGCCUCUUCCUGCACGUCUUCGCUGAUAUGCCGCUCACUAUCGAGUCUGAGUGGAGCGGCGCGGGCGGCUGGAGCUGCGCGGCGCUGGCGGCGCUGGUGGGCAAGGUGAACGCGUGCGUGUCGCACCUGGAGCAGUUCCCCGUGCGCGUGCACGACCUGCCCGCGCGCCCCGCCACCUCCGCGCUCAAGUUCUUCAACACCCACCAGCUCAUGUGUGAUCUCAAACGUCACCCGACUUGCACUAAUCUGAAGCAAUGGAAGGGCGGCGUAGUGCGGAUUGAUCCGCUAGCUUUAGUUCAAGCCAUUGAAAGGUACCUGGCGCAGCGCGGGUACGCGAGCGGGCGGUCUCGCUCGGAGUCUGGCGGCGCGCCGCACUCGGACGACGACGCCGCCUCCGACGACGACGUCGACGACUCGCUCGCCACGCCGCCGCACCAUCCCACCGAUUCUGACCAUAAACUGGAGUUCCUGAUCGGCGACACAGUGCUGCCCUACAACAUGACGGUGUACCAGGCAGUGCGACAGUUCGGCGAGCAGACAGAUGCCGACACCGACACUGAGACACCGCUCGCUAACGCGGGUAUUUGGGUGCAAACCCACACGAUCUACUACCGCGCGGUGGAGGCGGGUGAGCAGCCCCGCGCGGACACCACCGCCUCGCGGAAAGGCAAGGGACAGCCCACCAAGCUGUCCUCGCGACGCAAACCUGAUCUCUUGUGGAAUGAGGGCGUGGUGCCCCUGCGCGCGUCGCCGCUGGUGGGCAUGGUGCGCGCGGCGCGGCUGGGCGGCGCGGCCGACGUGCGCGACGCGUCGCUGCCGGCGCUCGGCCUGCUGCGCGCGCUGCACGCGCUGUGCCGCCACUGGCACACGCUGUACCGCGCCGCCUGCCUGCCCGACCAGCGCCCGCUCGUGCCCAACAACGACUUCAUCAACGCUAAGCUCGCGGCUAAAGCCAAUCGCCAGUUACAAGAUCCUCUCGUCAUCAUGACCGGUAAUCUCCCACCGUGGUUGAAAAAGAUAGCAUACGCAUGUCCGUUCGUGCUGCCGUUCGAGUGCCGGCACCUGCUGUUCUACGUGGUGUCGUUCGACCGCGACCGCGCGCUGCAGCGGCUGCUGGAGGCGGGCGGCGAGCGCGGCGGCGGCGGCGCGGCGGGCGGCGCGGACGAGCGCGUGGCGCCGCGCCUCGACCGCCGCAAGCGCACCGUGCAGCGCCACAACGUGCUGCGCCAGGCCGAGCACGUCAUGCACGAGUUCGCGCACUCCAAGGCGCUGCUCGAGAUCCAGUACGAGAACGAGGUCGGCACCGGCCUCGGGCCCACGCUCGAGUUCUACGCGCUCGUCUCGCAGGAGCUGCAGCGCGCGGACCUCGACCUCUGGCACGGCAGUGAGAACUUCAAGCAGAAACCGACCUCGUUUGGAGGAGAGAUCGUAAAGAGUCAACCGCCUGUUGUGACCGAUCGGUCGGCCGAUGCCGCUGCCAGGCUGGCGUCGUCGGUGCGGGACGCUCUCAACUUAGACGAGGAACGGUCACCGGAGCCGUCAGACUUGGAGAAAGAGACAUCGAUCCCGUCGCCGGCGCCCGACGCCACCUACGUGACGUGGCCGUGCGGCCUGUUCCCGCAGGCGGUGGGCCGCAACGCCCGCGCCUCACACGUCUCCAGGGUUAAAGCCAAGUUCCGCUUCCUCGGCAAGUUCAUGGCUAAAGCUGUUAUGGACUCCAGAAUGGUGGACAUCCCGCUGUCGGUGUCGAUGUACCGCUGGCUGGUGAGCGAGGAGCAGUGGCUGUCGCUGAGCGACGUGCGGCACGUGGCGCCGGAGCUGUGGCGCUCGCUGUGCCGCCUGCGCAGCGUGGCCGAGCGCGCCCGCCAGCUCGCCGCCGACCCGCGCCACUCGCCCGACCAGAGGACGCAGCUGAUAAGCGCAUUGGAACUGGACGGCUGCCCCAUCGAGGAGCUGGGGCUGGACUUCAUUCUGCCGGGCGACGGCUGCACGGAGCUGCGACGAGGCGGCCGCGACCUGCCCGUCACCGCCCACAACCUGCACAACUACAUUGAUCUCGUUACACACUGGCUACUAUAUGAAGGUGUUACCAAACAAAUGGAAGCAUUCCGAGAAGGCUUCGAAUCAGUAUUCCCACUAGCCAACCUCAAAAUAUUUUAUCCUGAAGAAUUGGAGCAAGUAUUCUGUGGCAGUCCAUCCGGCGGGCGUGACCAGCGCUGGGAGCCACGCAUGCUCACGGAGUGCAUCCGUCCCGACCACGGCUACAACGCGGAGUCGCGCGCCAUACGUAUGCUCAUCGAUAUAUUGGCCUCGUACAACCGCGAGGAGCAGCGUCUCUUCCUGCAGUUCGUCACUGGAAGCCCACGGCUACCCACAGGAGGCUUCAAGGCCCUGAACCCGCCGCUGACGGUGGUGCGCAAGUCGCUGGAGUCGUCGCUGGACCCGGACGAGUACCUGCCGUCGGUGAUGACGUGCGUGAACUACCUGAAGCUGCCCGACUACACGAGCGCGGAGGUGAUGCGCGCCAAGCUGCGGCUGGCGGCGUCCGAGGGCCAGCACUCGUUCCACUUGUCGUGAACGCGCCGCGCCGCCUCCCCCACCGCUGUGAUUACUUGUCGAGCCCCCACAGUUGUAGUAUACACGUGUGACCGCGGUCAGUGAACCCUAUCAUACUUGUGUUAUAUUGACGGUGCGCACGCCCCGGACGACUGCUGUUUAUGUGCAAUCAAAGUGAUUUUAUUAACCUUAAUGUGACAGACACUUAAAGUGCUGUGCGUUCUAUAGUUUUGUUUUUCUUUGGAUUCUUUUUAGAUUACAGAAAUAUGUUUAUAUUAUAUUUUGUGUUAAUUUAAUGUGAUAACUUUGUAUAUUUACUUGCUCUGUACAUCAGAGAUCUGCUGACUCUCAAUAAAUAUGCUUAUGGUGUAUGCAACAUGGAUGGAUUUUGUUGGCUUCACUAUAUGGAAACAAGACUGCACGAGUCAGUAUUGCGCCACAGGCCACGGGACUGACCAUCCAUGCUGCCAAGUUUGCUGAACCUACAUAAUAAUAAUAGAGUGCCCUUUCACUUCACUUCGCGAGUUUUUCCUCGAAUACCACCAGCAGUUGAUUAUUUCUGAUUAGAUUGGCACAUUUAUCUUUAAGCUAUUUGAAGGACCACUAAAACUUGUUUGAGAGUCCUAUGAAUUAUAAUAGCAUUUAUUACCAAACGGUGUAUGUUUUAAGUAUCAUAAAUGAGUAAAGAAAAAGUGCAAAAUUUAAUAUGUAACAAUUUCAAUAAAACCAUGUAAACAAUAUUGAUCAA